CACUUUUGGAUUUGUCAAUAAAAACUUACAUGGCGUCGUUUGAUAUCACUCACUCGUUGUUGGUUGACGCUUGGGUUAUAAAAACAUCCGUUGAUUUUGCAAAGGAAAAGUGUAGUGUAAAUUGAAUAAUGAGAAAGUCGCCGUUAAGUAUGCCUGGCGGUAGUAGAAGUCAGAAUAAUCACGAGUGGAAGUCUUACGUUGAUACGAGAAGGACAAAUUGUAGUUUUGUUGCUUACAAGCGUGGGUGUUAUUCUUACAACGGUGUAGAACUGAAUCGUGGCAAUAACGACUUCAUUCCCUUGAACACUAGUACGCCGGAUCAAAAGAGACACAGUGGUAACAGAUAUGGUUCUGGGAUUGGUCGAAAUCACCGCAAUUCAGGUAGUUGGUUGUUUAAUGAUUAUAGAGGAAACCACUUUGCGAACACAAAACUGCAUUUCAAUAAUUCCUACUCUCCUUAUAAGCAUACUGGUAUGCAAUUUCAUGGACAAAAUAAGUGUAUGCAAAAGGAUAGUCAUAGGCAAAUUGACAUAUCAAGAUAUAUUGACAUUAAGUCUAUCUUAGAAGAUCCAUGGGCUGAAUUAAUGCAAAAAAUGGAUGACUCUACGUCGUCUGAUAAAGUUGACGCUUUAAAUGGACGCUCCAAUAUUCCUUAUUCCAAAGAGAUUAGCAAAAACGUGUCUUUGGUUGAUACAUACUUUCAGAAUAACCAACACAAUGCAGAAUCUCAAGAUCAAUCUAUAAAUACUGAUUUAAAAAUAAGCGAUAAUUCUUUGAAAGUUACAAAUAUAUCAGAUAAUCAAUUGGAAGAUACUAAAUUGGAUUCUACUUCGAAUAAUGAAAGUUUGUGCAAUAAUAGUAAUGAUAAUAAUCAUGUGGCAGGUAAAGAAAUUAAACAAAACAUAUAGCAAUUGAUCAAUGUUACAUACAUAUAAAUCAUACGUAAUAAGGAAAGAGCAAAAUUUCUUCAAAGGCGAUUCAUAGAUAUGACAAUGCAAUCUUUAAUUGUAUGUAUGUACAUUUUAUUAAUGUAUAUAAAAUUUUGCACGCAUCAUGUAUAAUUUAAGAUAUAUACAUACGUACAUAUACACACAUACAUGCAUAC